UCCCUAUCAGUUAAUACUUAAUAAUAUUAAUAUUAAAUUUAUGAAAUGUUAGCUUAGACAUAUUAUUUCAUCUUUUUUUUUCAAGGUUUUAUAUUAAAAAUUAAUGUUAAAUUGGUGGUAAAAUGAACAGUAAUUUGUUGAAGUUAGCUGAUUUCAAGAUUCACAAAAAUUUGCUCAUGAUAUUAGGAAAAUCAUCAUUUUCACAUUCGGCUGUUUCAUUGAAAAAUAAAUGCGGUUCAAAAGGUCCUCCUUGGCGUGUUAUGUUUUUCGGCAAUGAUGAUUUUUCGGUCAAAAGUCUCCAGAUGCUAACAUCCAAAAUGAGAACACAGACUAUAAUUUCCAAGGUAGAUGUUGUUACAACUUCCAUGGGCAAUGGUAUAAAUGUUAGAAGUUUUGCGAAAGAAGAAAAAUUGAACAUAUAUGAUUGGCCCAUUAAUACAACACUAUUGGAUGGAAAAUAUGAUAUUGGAGUGGUUGUAUCUUUCGGACGAUUAAUACCAGAAAAAAUUAUUAAAUGUUUUCCACUAGGAAUGAUCAAUGUACAUGCUAGUCUUUUACCCAGAUGGCGAGGAGCUGCACCUAUAAUAUAUACUAUACUGAAUGGUGAUUUAACAUCUGGAGUAACAAUAAUGAAAAUUCAUCCUCGUAGGUUUGAUAUUGGUGAAAUUGUUAAACAGCAUAGUUGUUCAGUUGGCAAAGAUGAAACAGCCGAUGAACUAAAAAAGAAACUAUCAAAUAUGGGUGGACGUUUGUUAAUUGAUUCAUUUAAAGAAUUAACAAGGAAUUUAAGGUACGCAGUACCACAAUCUGAAAAUGAGAUAACUUACGCACCAAAAGUAGACAAAAAUCUGUCAAUUAUUAAUUGGAAUGAAACGGAUUCUAAUUCAGUUUAUAAUAAAUAUCGAGCAUUGUGUGGUUUAUGGCCAUUAAUAACCACUUGGCAUGGGACAUCUAUAAAGCUAUUGAAAGUAUGCAAUUAUCAAACUACAAAUAUAGAUACUCAGUUAAAACCAGGAGAUUUAAUAUUUGAUAAACAAAGUCAAAAACUAUUUGUUAAAUGUGGUGGAAAAGGAGGUUAUGUGUCAAUUGAAAAACUUAAAAUUCCCGGACAUAGAACAAUGUCAGGCAAAGAUUUUUUCAAUGGUUUUGUUUACAUGAAACCUAUUAGUGAACGAAAAUUUAAUAGUACACAAGUUAAUUGAAAUAUAUUAUUUUGCAAUUAACAAAUCCUAUGUACUUGGAUUCUUUUAUUGUAAAAAUAUAUAAAUGUACAUUUUAGAAUUUAUUAAUUAAUAAAAAAUUGUUAAUAAAUAUAGAAAAGUUAACUGUUGUAUUUUUAAUCAUUUAAUUGAACUUAGUUGUUUCUAAAUGAAAUAUAAUGUGGAUAAUACAUUGAA